AAUGAGAAUAAAGAGUGUUGUCGAUUUGCCAGUCGGCAAGAAUCUUCGUAAUCAUGUCAGUUGGCAAGGACUAUUUUUGGCCUACAAGAACAAAACCACAACACCGCCGUCGUCCACAUCUACCCUUGACGAAGCUUACCAAUAUCUAAUACAUAAAUAAGGUAUUUUAAGGGAUAAGGGAACUAACGGUGGUUUCGAUUUCGUAAGUUUUGUUAAUGUAAGCGACUCGAACUCCCGACAUACAGUUCCUUCAUGUUCAUUAUCCACGAUGGCAUAUGCAAAAUGUGGACGCGAUGUGGCGUGUAUUCUCUUUAGAUGAAAGGAUAAAGCAUAUAAUGAAAAUGCUUGAUGAAGUUGAUAUGAUGGUGCCUGCUCUGUGUCUAGUCAAGCCAAAGAGCUCUGGUGAGCUGCGGCUGCGUAGCAAAGAUCCGGCGGUCCUUAUUAAGAUCUACGGGAACUUCUAUUCCGAGCAUGAAAAUGUGGAAGUAAUGUUGAAGUUCUUAGACUUCAUAAAGAAAAUGCUGAAAACCGAGGCAUUCGUACGACGAGAAGUAUGGCUGCAUCAUUUGGACAUUCCAGAUUGCCGACGCACCGAACCCGAUUCCGACGAAUAUUGGAGAUGCAACCUGCGACACAUGUCUAUGGCGUUCUAUCAUCCCGUUGAAACAGCCAAAAUGGGCCCUCGGGAUGAUCUCACGGCCGUCGUAGACGCUCAAUUGAGAGUUUACGGAGUACAAGAUCUCAGAGUCAUCGAUGCAUCUAUCAUGCCAACGAUUACUAGCGGACCCACGAAUGCGCCUACGAUACACUGAGAGAAAAAAAUAGUUGGAAUAACUAUAAUCUCACUAUAUUUUAUAGUUCGUUUUGGCCUCAAACAUAUAUUUAUAGUUCAUCUAAACAUGAAGAUAUAGUAUUAGGACCUUAACUUAGUU